ACAGAGGAAAGAGAAGAUGUUCGGAUUCCACAAACCGAAGAUGUACCGGAGCUUAGAGGGUUGCUGUAUUUGUAGAGCGAAGUCUUCUAGCUCUCGCUUCACCGACAGCAAGCGUUAUGAGAAGGACUUCCAGAACUGUUUUGGUCUGCAUGAGGCUCGCUCAGGAGAUAUAUGCAAUGCCUGUGUGCUGCUGGUGAAAAGGUGGAAAAAGCUGCCAGCAGGAUCAAAAAAGAAUUGGAAUCAUGUGGUGGAUAUAAGAGCUGGACCAAGUCUUAAAACGACCCUGAAGCCAAAGAAGAUGAAAACUCUCUCCGGGACCCAAAUGAAGAGCAAUCAAAUAAACAAGCUGCAGAAAGAGUUGAAACGACACAACUCUGAUGCCCACAGCACCACCUCCAGUGCCUCUCCGGCCCAGUCGCCCUGCUACAGCAACCAGUCAGAUGACGGCUCAGAUGCUGAGAUGCCUCCAGGGUCCAGCCGCACACCUGUCUUCUCCUUCUUGGAUCUCACUUACUGGAAGAGGCAAAAAGUGUGCUGUGGAAUUAUUUACAAAGGUCGCUUUGGAGAAGUCCUCAUAGACACUCACCUCUUCAAACCCUGCUGUAGUAACAAAAAGUCUGCCACUGAGAAGCCUGAACCGCAAGGUCCCCAGUCGUCACCCAUCUCCAACCAGGAAGAGUGGUGACUUCCAUAGCUAGCUGCAAAUGGUAUAAACGGAACCUCUUUCUCUCUGGAAAGGCUUGGAAGUGAUUCUUGGCUCACUUUGGAGGCCUGCUAUGCUGCCAAAAGACAUCUUUCUUUAUUUCCUCUUGAACUGUUUGAGGGUUUUGUUGGGUCUCUUUUCCCCCCACUUCCACUAAGUCAGAAAUCUGUUCAUAUCGCUUCCGAAAAGACUGUAAAUAAUAUUUAAGAUGAUUUGAGACACGUAGCUAAGCUGAAUGCUGCUGCAAAGACCUCUCUGU